AUGCCUGGCAGAAUUCACCUAGUUCGCCAUGCGGAAGGCCUUCACAACCUACGCAACGAUCAUACUAUCCUUGACGCUCCUUUAUGUCAACGGGGUUUUGAUUCCGCCGAAGACUUAGGACGCCGCUUUGUCUGCGAGCACUCUAACAGAGUCGGCGCAAUCACGUCCAGUCCAUUGCGCAGAACUAUCCAGACGUCUUUGACAGCAUUCAAAAGGAUCCUAGAUACCACCCAGUAUCCUGAAAAUUCUGGGUCGGGUGUCAACAACGGAGUGAUGCUAUCCUUAGACGCGAACCUACAGGAAAUCACCGACCUGCCGUGCAACAGUGGCUCUCCCAAAGACAGGCUAGUACCGGAAUUCCCCAGGCUAUCGUCAGAAAUCCACAAACUCGAUUUGAAUUGGCAUAUCAAGACAGGCAAUCGCUCGCCGUUGCCUCAGUCUCUCCCCCAAAGAAUGGCUAGGAUUCUGGAAAAACUCCAAGAGACUUUGGCAAAUAUUCAAGACAGACCAGGGGACAACGAUAUUAUCGUUGUGACUCAUCAGGGCGUUAUUGCUCUUCUUGCACCCACCGCAAACAUUCCAGUCGGACAAUGGCAGACCUUUGACUUGAAGACGGAUGGGAAUGGACAGCUUUCGUUGCAGUCAGUGGUGUAA